CUGAGGCCAGUUUGCCCCUGUGGAGGCUCCAGACAGCUUUGUUCCUGGGCAGCGGCGGGGCUGGCCGAGGCUGCGGCAUUUCUCCCCAAGGAAGUGUCUUCCCCGCUUUCCCUAUUCUUCUGUUUCUCACACACUUUCUAUCUCAUUCUGUAACUUUCAAGCCUUUCCUUCUAACUGUAUGUAUUUAGUUACUUGUUUUCAAGCUGGUUCCCUCUCUGGCCCCCUGGCCUGGGGAAAGCCUCCACACUGACUGCGAGUCUUGUUUAGAGUCUGAGUUUGUGAGAUUAUUGCGGGGAGAGUGGGCGAGUGGCUGACAGGUGACCCCCAGGAGGAGGCUUCCUGGGGCUGGUGUCUUCUCCCAGCUGCUGCUUCCAGUGGGCCUGGGCCCAGGACUGGACCUCCGCUGGCACUCCUGAGUGCCUCCCUGCCAGGCCAUGCUGCUGUAGACCCUAACAGCGUCACUUCCUGGCCAAGACAAGCCUGUCCCCAAGAACAGGAGAGCCAUGGCCGGCCUCCGAGGGAACGCUGUGGCUGGCCUCCUCUGGAUGCUGCUGCUGCUGUGGAGUGGGGGCGGCGGCUGCCAGGCUCAGCGGGCAGGUUGCAAAAGUGUCCACUAUGAUCUGGUCUUCCUCCUGGACACCUCCUCCAGCGUGGGCAAGGAGGACUUUGAGAAGGUCCGGCAGUGGGUGGCCAACCUGGUGGACACCUUCGAGGUGGGCCCCGACCGCACCCGUGUGGGGGUUGUGCGAUACAGCGACCGGCCCACCACGGCCUUCGAGUUGGGACUCUUUGGCUCGCAGGAGGAGGUCAAGGCGGCUGCCCGGCGCCUCGCCUACCACGGGGGCAACACCAACACGGGUGACGCGCUGCGCUACAUCACGGCCCGCAGCUUCUCCCCACGCACCGGCGGCCGUCCCGGGGACCGCGCCUACAAGCAGGUGGCCAUCCUGCUCACCGACGGCCGCAGCCAGGACCUGGUGCUGGACGCCGCGGCGGCCGCCCACCGCGCUGGCAUCCGCAUCUUUGCCGUGGGCGUGGGCGAGGCACUCAAGGAGGAGCUGGAGGAGAUCGCCUCAGAGCCCAAGUCCGCCCACGUCUUCCACGUGUCUGACUUCAAUGCCAUCGACAAGAUCCGGGGCAAGCUGCGGCGCCGUCUUUGUGAAAAUGUGCUCUGUCCUAGUGUUCGUGUAGAAGGAGAUCGCUUUAAGCACACCAAUGGAGGAACCAAGGAAAUCACAGGUUUUGACCUGAUGGAUUUGUUCAGUGUGAAGGAAAUCUUGGGGAAGAGAGAGAAUGGAGCUCAGAGUUCCUAUGUACGGAUGGGAUCCUUCCCUGUGGUGCAAAGUACUGAGGAUGUGUUCCCCCAAGGUUUACCUGAUGAGUACGCCUUUGUCACAACCUUCCGGUUCAGGAAAACCUCUCGGAAGGAAGACUGGUAUAUCUGGCAGGUCAUCGACCAGUACGGCAUCCCACAGGUCUCUAUCCGGCUGGAUGGUGAAAACAAGGCAGUCGAGUACAACGCUGUGGGUGCCGUGAAAGAUGCUGUCAGGGUGGUCUUCCGAGGUUCCCGGGUCAAUGACCUCUUUGACCGGGACUGGCACAAGAUCGCCCUGAGCAUCCAGGCCCAGAACGUCUCCCUGUACAUUGACUGUGCGCUGGUGCAGACACUACCCAUCGAGGAACGGGAGAACAUUGACAUCCAGGGCAAGACUGUGAUUGGCAAGCGCCUCUAUGACAGUGUGCCCAUUGACUUUGACCUACAGCGGAUUGUGAUCUAUUGUGACUCAAGACAUGCAGAACUGGAGACUUGUUGUGAUAUCCCCUCGGGUCCGUGCCAGGUGACCGUGGUGACAGAGCCUCCACCUCCACCCCCACCCCAGCGGCCUCCCACCCCAGGCAGUGAACAGAUUGGGUUUUUGAAGACCAUCAACUGCUCCUGCCCAGCCGGAGAGAAGGGUGAAAUGGGAGUUGCUGGCCCCAUGGGGCUCCCUGGUCCAAAGGGAGACACAGGAGCCACUGGGCUGGUUGGCGCUCCUGGACCUAAGGGAGAGAAAGGUGAUGUGGGCAUAAGACCUUUUGGCCAAGGGGAAAAGGGUGAAAAGGGUUCCCUGGGCCUGCCCGGCCCCCCUGGGAGAGAUGGCAGCAAAGGCAUGAGAGGGGAACCAGGAGAGCUGGGAGAGCUGGGGCUGCCGGGUGAGGUCGGCAUGCGGGGGCCCCAAGGACCACCUGGACUCCCCGGACCUCCUGGACAUGUCGGAGCUCCUGGUCUCCAAGGAGAACGAGGUGAAAAGGGAACUCAAGGAGAAAAGGGAGAGCGAGGCCUGGAUGGAUUCCCCGGGAAGCCUGGGGAAGCAGGACAGCAGGGCAGGCCUGGCCCUCCUGGUGUGGCAGGACCCCAGGGAGAAAAGGGUGACGUGGGACCUGCGGGGCCUCCUGGUGUACCGGGCUCGGUGGUGCAGCGAGAGGGCUUGAAAGGGGAACAGGGAGCUCCAGGACCCAGAGGUCACCAAGGUCCCCCCGGUCCUCCAGGAGCUCCGGGUCCAAUAGGCCCAGAAGGCAGGGAUGGACCUCCUGGUUUGCAAGGUCUCCGAGGGAAGAAAGGUGACGUGGGACCACCUGGAAUCCCUGGAUUGCUGGGGCUGCAGGGCCCUCCAGGAUCCCCUGGUGUCCCAGGCCCCCCUGGACCAGGAGGUUCUCCGGGUUUGCCUGGAGAGAUCGGCUUCCCGGGAAAGCCUGGACCUCCUGGGCCCACGGGACCCCCUGGAAAGGAUGGGCUGAAUGGACCAUUAGGCCUGCCAGGAAUCAAGGGAGAACCAGGAGAAAGAGGGGAAGAUGGUCUGCCUGGAAAACCAGGCCUUCGGGGAGAAAUUGGGGAGCAGGGCCUGGCAGGCCGACCUGGAGAGAAGGGUGAAGCAGGCCUCCCAGGGGCUCCAGGCUUCCCAGGUGUGAGAGGAGAGAAAGGAGACCAGGGAGAAAAAGGUGAACUGGGACUUCCAGGACUGAAAGGUGACCGAGGUGAAAAGGGUGAAGCUGGUCCUGCAGGCCCUCCUGGGUUACCUGGAACUUUUCCUUUUCAGACAUCCCUGUUCACACCACAUCCACGGAUGCCCGGAGAACAAGGGCCCAAAGGAGAGAAGGGCGAUCCAGGCAUGCCUGGGGAACCGGGACUGCAGGGCCAUCCUGGAGAAUUGGGGCCUCGGGGACCUGCUGGACCACCGGGUGCCAAGGGACAAGAAGGCACACGUGGGGCUCCUGGAGCAGCUGGAAACCCUGGUGCUCCUGGACAUGUCGGUCCCCCCGGUCCCAGUGGCCCUCCAGGAAGUGUGGGUGCUCCUGGCCUCAGAGGCCCCCCUGGGAAAGAUGGGGAGCGUGGUGAGAAGGGCGCAGCGGGGGAAGAAGGCAGCCCAGGGCCAGUUGGUCCCAGGGGAGAUCCUGGUGCUCCUGGGUUCCCUGGGCCACCCGGAAAAGGGAAGGAUGGAGAGCCGGGACUCCAUGGAUCACCUGGACUCCCUGGACCCUUAGGAACCAAGGGGGAUCGAGGAGCUCCUGGGAUCCCUGGUUCUCCUGGCAGCCGCGGUGACCCAGGCAUUGGGGUUGCUGGCCCUCCUGGCCCUUCCGGACCACCAGGAGACAAAGGCCCCCCGGGAUCACGAGGCUUACCUGGAUUCCCCGGCCCCCAGGGCCCAGCUGGCCGGGACGGUGCACCAGGAAAUCCAGGAGAAAGAGGGCCUCCUGGCAAGCCGGGCCUCUCUUCACUACUGUCUCCAGGGGACAUAAAUCUCUUGGCUAAGGAUGUGUGCAAUGACUGCCCUCCUGGCCCCCCAGGCCUCCCUGGUCUACCAGGUUUUAAAGGGGACAAAGGUGUCCCAGGAAAGCCAGGGAGAGAAGGCACAGAAGGGAAAAAGGGAGAGGCUGGGCCUCCAGGCCUACCAGGGCCCCCAGGAAUAGCUGGACCACAGGGAAGUCAAGGAGAACGUGGUGCAGAUGGUGAGGUUGGACAGAAAGGUGAUCAGGGUCAUCCUGGAGUUCCAGGUUUCAUGGGGCCCCCAGGGAACCCUGGGCCACCAGGGGCAGAUGGAAUUGCGGGAGCUGCUGGACCACCAGGAAUCCAAGGGUCACCUGGGAAAGAAGGCCCUCCUGGCCCCCAAGGCCCAUCUGGAUUACCCGGAAUCCCAGGAGAAGAAGGCAAAGAGGGCAGAGAUGGAAAGCCAGGUCCCCCUGGAGAGCCGGGCAAAGCAGGAGAGCCAGGUCUACCAGGACCAGAGGGUGCCAGAGGCCCACCUGGCUUCAAGGGACACACAGGCGAUUCUGGCACACCCGGUCCCCGGGGAGAGCCUGGUGCCAUGGGGCCUCCUGGUCAGGAAGGGUUACCAGGAAAAGAUGGUGACACUGGACCCACUGGGCCACAGGGUCCCCAAGGACCAAGGGGCCCACCGGGCAAGAAUGGAUCACCGGGAUCUCCAGGAGAGCCUGGCCCUUCGGGAACCCCUGGCCAGAAAGGAAGCAAAGGGGAAAAUGGCAGCCCAGGACUUCCUGGCUUCCUGGGUCCCCGUGGGCCUCCGGGAGAACCAGGAGAGAAAGGAGUCCCAGGCAAGGAGGGAGUCCCUGGGAAGCCUGGAGAGCCUGGAUUCAAAGGAGAAAGGGGAGAUCCUGGGAUCAAAGGUGACAAAGGACCUCCUGGUGGAAAGGGCCAGCCCGGGGACCCUGGAAUCCCAGGCCACAAAGGCCACACAGGCCUGAUGGGUCCCCAAGGACCACCUGGGGAGAACGGACCAGCUGGACCCCCAGGGCCUCCAGGCCAGCCGGGAUUUCCAGGACUGAGGGGGGAGUCUCCAUCCAUGGAAACCCUGCGUCGGCUUAUUCAAGAAGAGCUGGGGAAGCAGCUUGAAACCAAACUUGCCUACCUCUUGGCCCAGAUGCCCCCAGCGCACAUGAAGUCAUCUCAAGGCAGACCUGGGCCCCCAGGGCCCCCUGGAAAAGAUGGGCUUCCAGGCCGGGCCGGCCCCAUGGGGGAGCCAGGUCGUCCUGGGCAGAGGGGUCUGGAAGGACCCUCUGGACCCAUAGGUCCCAAAGGUGAGCGAGGAGCCAAAGGUGACCCAGGUGCACCUGGAGUUGGCCUCCGAGGCGAGAUGGGACCUCCUGGAAUCCCAGGUCAACCCGGGGAACCUGGCUAUGCUAAAGAUGGACUUCCUGGGAUCCCUGGCCCUCAAGGGGAGACAGGACCAGCUGGACAUCCUGGCCCCCCAGGACCUCCCGGUCCCCCAGGCCAGUGUGACCCUUCCCAGUGUGCCUACUUCGCCAGCCUUGCUGCCCGGCCGGGUAACGUGAAGGGUCCCUAGAGGACUCUGGAAAGCCAGAAGACUGCAGUGGAUUUCUGAAACUUGAACUCAGAGCCCAAUGGGAAGCCAGAGGUCUUGAGAGACUUCAGCCAUGUGUUCCUUUUUUUUUUCUUUCUUUUAUCAUUUGCUUUUUGUUUUAUUUUCUUGAGAGACCUCAAAAUUAUUAAAUCCAACAGACGCUGCCGGUCGGUCAGAUUAUUAUUAAUAUUAUUGUUGUUGUUAAUUAUUAUUAUUAUUUCAUAUGCUGAUGCUUUGUGAGUUCUUUUCCACUCCUUUAAAGUUGGGAAAACUUGAUUCGUGGGGCAGGAGAUUGUUUCUUCAUUCUUCUGACAGCCCCCAUCUGACGUGUAACUACCCAUUUUAAGGAAACUCUUGGUGCUACAAAACCCUGACCAGACACUUGGCAAAUUUACCUCUUUCUUCAAAAGAAAAACCUUCAGAAAAUGGGCCAAUGGGCUUCAUUCUCAAUCGUGCCCAGAGAUCACCCAGGGAGAAAUAAUACAAACACCACCACUGUCCAGAGAGAGUAAAGAAGCAGGAAGAGGAAGAAUUUUCAACCAUGAGGAAUGUUCCCACCUCCCGACAGGACAUGCAUUUGGAGAACACAGAAUCAGCCCUCAGGGUGCACUCCAGCCACCUCAGUGCUCCAAGCUCACAAAAGUGAAAUAAUGUCUGUGGGUUGGCAGUGGCUUUGUGGGAUCAUAUGUCUUGGCCAAAGAUGGAAAAACCCAUGUUGAAGAGGCAGCCCUUGAGUGUUAAUUUGUCUUCUAAACUGUGGGUAAGGCCCCUUCAAGUUCCUCUUGUUGGUUUCAAUUAUAUUAAUUAUAAAACAAAUGGAUGUAGUGACCAUCCACUUGUGUUUCCCUAAUGGUGGGCAGUUGGCCGGGGCACUGACCAGAGCUGGGAAAUUUGUAUCUCCAGGGCGGCUCUGUCUCUGAAAUAAAUGGCAUCAAGUGCAUGUGUGUAUGUGACAUGCCCUGCCUGAACAGGUGCUCAAUAAAUCCAAGUUUCCUUCUCCUG